AUGUUUCCGACGAAGACCAUGGGGGACUGGCGUUCUUGUGGCGAUUCUCGUCCCCUAAACAACGUGACCACGCCUGAUCACUAUCCUAUCCUACAUAUGGUGGAUCUCACCGUCAGUCUGACUGGUGAAAUCCUUUGCAGUAAAAUCGACUUGGUGCGCGCUUACAGCCAAAUUCCGGUAGCCGAAGCGGACAUCGCUAAAACUGCCGUGACGUUUCCAUUUGGUUUGUUCGAGUUUCUGCACAUGCCGUUUGGUCUAAAGAAUGCG